AUGGCAGAUAAGGAGGCCACUGUUUAUAUUGUGGACGUCGGGAGGUCCAUGGGGGAGAAGAACGGCGGAAGGGAAUGCUCGGAUCUUGACUGGGCAAUGCUCUACGUUUGGGAUAAGAUCACCACUACGGUUGCUACGGGUAGGAAGACAGCAACGAUUGGUGUUGUCGGCCUAAGAACAGAUGGUAAAACUUCAAAUGACGUUUGGACUAAAUCUAAAGAUGAAGCUUACGAGCAUAUAUCAAUCUUCAAAGAAAUUGGGCAAGCACUCAUGCCUGACCUCAGAGAGCUUCGAAGCUUGAUAAAAACAAGCAGUACAGAUAACGGAGAUGCAAUCUCCUCGAUAGCAUUGGCAGUUGAUAUAAUCGUAAAAUACUGCAAGAAACUGAAAUACAAGAGAAAAAUUGUUCUUGUUACCAAUGGCAAGGGGCGAAUGGACCCCGAUGGCAUGAAUCGCAUUGCAGGGAAGAUAAACGAAGAGGGUAUCGAACUUGUUAUUCUCGGAGUGGACUUUGAUGACCCUGAAUUUGGCAUUAAAGAAGAAGACAAGGAUGCGGUUAAGGCUGAGAAUGAGUCUUCUCUUCAAAAACUAUGUGAUACUUGUGAUGGUGUUUACGGUACUCUGGAACAAGCGAUAUCUGAACUUGAUACACCGCGUGUUAAAGUCGUGCGAGGAAUCCCUAGUUUUAAAGGGAAUUUUAAACUUGGGGACCCGGAAAAUUAUGAUUCUGCACUAACAAUCCAGGUGGAAAGGUACUACCGGACAUACGCAGCCCGGCCACCACCUGCUAGUUCAUUUGUACUAUCCGGUGCACCCCCUGAAGUUCAAGAAACUGGAGACUCCUCAGCAACUUUGAAUAACGCGAGUACUGAGGCUGAAAAGAGCACUUCAAAUGAACUAACAGUUGUCAGAAAUGCGCGAUCUUACCAAGUUGCUGAUUCAGGGGUAGUAGGUGGCAAGAGAGAUGUGGAACGUGAUGCGCUUGCAAAGGGAUACGAAUAUGGCCGGACGGCUGUCCAUAUCACUGAAUCGGACGAAAACAUAACGAAACUUGAAACAAAAGCUGCCUUGGAGAUAAUUGGGUUUAUACCUACUCAAAACUACGACCGAUACAUGAACAUGUCGAAUUCCAACGUAAUUGUCGCCCAGAGAACCAAUAAUAAAGCUAUUAUGGCUCUCUCUUCUAUCAUCCGUGCGCUUUUCGAACUCGAAAGCUAUGCUGUGGGCCGACUGGUUUCAAAAGAUGGCAAAUCCCCUACCUUAAUUCUGUUGGCACCUUCAAUUGACCCGGAUUAUGAGUGUUUGCUUGAGGUUCAGCUACCUUUUGCAGAAGAUGUUCGCUGUUACCGCUUCCCACCCCUCGACAGAGUUACUACCGUAUCCGGAAAGGUAGUGAAGGAGCAUCGAAACCUGCCAAACGAAAGUCUCCUAGCAGUCAUGGAAAAAUAUGUGGAAAGCAUGGAGCUUGUCGGGUCUAAUGACGAAAGUGAUCAAGCAGAAUCCUUUGCUCUUGAGGAUUGCUACUCUCCACUUUUACAUAGAAUUGACCAGGCAAUUCGGUGGCGUGCUAUCCAUCCUACCAAGUUGCUCCCAGAAGUUCCAGAAGUUCUCCAGAAAUUAUCCCGUCAGCCUGAAGAGCUGAAGGAGAAAAGCAAGCCGGUAUUGGAACAACUGAUCAAAGCAUCGGAUGUUAAGAAAGUUCCACCAAAGAUGAAAGGCCGCAAACGAAAUAGGGAUGCUGAUAAGCCUCUUUCCGGUCUUGACGUGGAUGCUCUUUUACAAGGCGAAAAGCGCCAAAAAAUUUCCCCUGAGAAUGCAAUACCCGAAUUCAAACAAGCUCUUGCAAACACGGAUGAUAUCAAUACCGUCAAGGACUCCGUAAAACAGAUGUGUGCGAUUGUUGAGAACCAAAUAAAGCAUAGCUUGGGUGAUGCCAACUAUGACAGAGCGGUUGAAUACCUGGGAACCAUGAGGGAUGAGCUGAUUUCCUUCGAAGAACCAGAAUUGUAUAAUGACUUUGUCCGUGAACUAAAAAGAAAGUUACUGGACGAUAAAUUAGGCGAAGAUAGGAGAGAGCUCUGGUGGCUUAUUCGGAAAAACAGGAUUGGACUCAUCGAUGACAAGCUAGUAGAAAUUUCCAAGGUUACGGAACAAGAAGCGAAAGAGUUGGCUGAAUAG